AUGAGUCUGCGCUUCCGACCUCCCGAAUUACAGUCUUUUAACUGGAUAUUUAAAGAUUCUCCAUGUUUUCCUGUAAGUGCGUCUAAAAUUAAUAUAAUAACAAACCCAAAACAGUUCUAUGAAACGUUAUCGGAAAGAUUUAGAUUCGCAAAACGUAGAAUAUCAAUAGCUAGUUUGUACAUCGGUACAGGUGAUUUAGAAAGAAAAUUAUUAGGAUUUACAAUUGAGAAUAUUAAAAAUAAUGAUAAUGUUAAAUUAAAUGUUUUACUGGACUACCAAAGAGGAACACGAGGUGAAGUUAAUUCUCUAAGUUUAUUUACUGAUUUUACUACUGGGGUAACUGAUAGAUGCAAGUUGGCUUUGUACCAAACUCCUCGGUUACAAGGCUCUUGGUCAAAAGUACUGCCCUCACGAUACAAUGAAAUUGUUGGUCUGCAGCAUAUGAAGUUAUACAUAUCAGAUAAUUCUGUUAUUUUAAGUGGUGCAAAUUGUUCUAAUGACUAUUUUGAGAAGAGACAGGAUCGAUAUAUUGAAAUAGAAGAUGAAGAUUUAGCUAACUUUUAUUGUGAACUUAUAGAUGAGGUAACAAGUUUUAGUAAACUGACUGGAAAGGUCUCUGCAGAAUAUAAUAAAUCUCCAAAAGAGGUUGUGGUUAAGAAUCUUAAUCAAAAUGUCAAUAAAUUGAUCAAUAAGUGGAAAGAACAACAGAAUUCUAAAAUAUUGUCUCUAGGUAAUGAUUUACAAGGAAAUGAUACAUGGAUUUUUCCAUUAAUACAAAUGGGUGAAUUUAACAUUAAUCUAGAUGAGCAAGCAACUUGUACUAUGCUUGAAACAGUUCCAAAGGGUGGUUUUGUAAGGCUAGCUACAGGAUACUUCAACUUGACAGAAAAAUAUUCUAAGACUUUGUUACGAAAUUGCAAAUCAAACAUUAGUUUACUGAUGGCACAUCCAAAUGCAAAUGGAUUUAUGGGCGCAGCUGGACCUGCCGGAGGCAUCCCUCAUGCUUAUUCACUAAUAGCUAGAGAAUUUUGGCAACAAGUUAUAGAAUAUAAUCAAAUAAGCAGAGUACGGAUUUUGGAAUAUGAAAGGCAAGGGUGGACAUUCCAUGCAAAGGGACUUUGGUAUUAUCCUCCUGGUAAAGAGUUUCCCUGGUUAACGAUUGUGGGCUCAGCAAAUCUCGGCGAACGCAGUGUCAAACGAGACUUAGAAGCCCAAGCGGCUAUAUUUACUUCAUCUACAGAUUUGCAGAAACGACUUCAUGAUGAAUGUUCGAAGCUGCAUAGUUACGCAACAGAAUGCAGUAAUAGCCUACAAGAGAGGCAGGUGCCUCUUUGGGUACGAGCCACUGUUGGGCUUUUUCGAACAUACUUCUAG